UGAAACCAAAGCAACAGUCCGAGCAGCUUUCAGAAUGACAGUCUGCAGAAGUGAGCUGAGCGUGUGUGCGGUACGGGGCUCUCCUGCCUCCUGGGCUCCAACGCAGCUUUGUGGCUGAAGUGGGUGCUCACCACCAGAAAUGCUGGGCUAUGGAAUACAGAUGUGGCAGCUCAGGUAGCCCCAGGUUGCCUGGAGGAAUACAUCAUGCUUUCCGAUAAGAAGAAAUUGUAGAAGCCAGUUUUUUUUUUUUUUUUUUUAACGUCCCCCCCCCCAAAAAAAAACCUGUAAAGAUGCAAAAACGUAAUAUCCAUGAAGAUCCUAUUACCUAGGAAGAUUUUUUUGAUGUUUUGCUACAAAUGCGGUGCUGGAAUUUAUUUGUUCUUGGAGUGUUCUGCGUGGCUGGCAAAGAAUAAUGUUCCAAAAUCGGUCCAUCUCCCAAGGGGUCCAAUUUUUCUUCCUGGGUGUCAGCGAGCCCUGACUCACAGUGCAGCUGACAGGGGCUGUCAUGCAAGUGGCCCCUUAAGCCAAAGCAAAAGACCUAAGGACGACCUUUGAACAAUACAAAGGAUGGGUUUCAAUGUAAUUAGGCUACUGAGCGGAUCAGCUGUAGCACUGGUUAUAGCCCCCACUGUCUUACUGACAAUGCUUUCUUCUGCCGAACGAGGAUGCCCUAAGGGCUGUAGGUGUGAAGGCAAAAUGGUAUAUUGUGAAUCUCAGAAAUUACAGGAGAUACCCUCAAGUAUAUCUGCUGGUUGCUUAGGUUUGUCCCUUCGCUAUAACAGCCUACAAAAACUUAAGUAUAAUCAAUUUAAAGGGCUCAACCAGCUCACCUGGCUGUACCUUGACCAUAAUCAUAUCAGCAAUAUUGAUGAGAAUGCUUUUAAUGGAAUACGCAGACUCAAAGAGUUGAUUCUGAGUUCCAACAGAAUCUCCUAUUUUCUCAACAAUACCUUCAGACCUGUGACAAAUUUACGGAACUUGGAUCUGUCCUAUAAUCAGCUGCAUUCUCUGGGAUCUGAACAGUUUCGGGGCUUGCGGAAGCUGCUGAGUUUACAUCUACGGUCUAACUCCCUGAGAACCAUCCCCGUGCGAAUAUUCCAAGACUGCCGCAAUCUGGAACUUUUGGACCUGGGAUAUAACCGGAUCCGAAGUUUAGCCAGGAAUGUCUUUGCUGGCAUGAUCAGACUCAAAGAACUUCACCUGGAGCACAAUCAAUUUUCUAAGCUCAACCUGGCCCUUUUUCCAAGGUUGGUGAGCCUUCAGAACCUUUACUUGCAGUGGAAUAAAAUCAGUGUCAUAGGACAGACCAUGUCCUGGACCUGGAGCUCAUUACAAAGGCUUGAUUUAUCAGGCAAUGAGAUUGAAGCUUUUAGUGGACCUAGUGUUUUCCAGUGUGUCCCAAAUCUGCAGCGCCUCAACCUGGAUUCCAAUAAGCUUACAUUUAUUGGUCAAGAGAUUUUGGAUUCUUGGAUAUCUCUCAAUGACAUCAGUCUUGCCGGGAAUAUAUGGGAAUGCAGCAGAAAUAUCUGUUCCCUGGUAAACUGGCUGAAAAGUUUUAAAGGUCUGAGGGAGAAUACAAUUAUCUGUGCCAGUCCCAAAGAGCUGCAAGGAGUAAACGUGAUCGAUGCCGUGAAGAACUACAGCAUCUGUGGCAAAAGUACCACGGAGAGGUUUGAUCUGGCCAGGGCUCUCCCCAAGCCGACAUUUAAGCCUAAGCUUCCCCGGCCGAAGCAUGAGAGCAAGCCCCCUUUGCCCCCCACGGUGGGAGCCACGGAGCCCGGCCCCGAGACCGAUGCUGACACCGAGCACAUCUCUUUCCAUAAAAUCAUCGCAGGGAGCGUGGCCCUUUUCCUGUCCGUGCUCGUCAUCCUGCUCGUUAUCUACGUGUCAUGGAAGCGGUACCCUGCGAGCAUGAAGCAGCUACAGCAGCGCUCCCUCAUGCGAAGGCACAGGAAAAAGAAAAGACAGUCCCUAAAGCAAAUGACUCCCAGCACCCAGGAAUUUUAUGUAGAUUAUAAACCCACCAACACGGAGACCAGCGAGAUGCUGCUGAAUGGGACGGGACCCUGCACCUAUAACAAAUCAGGCUCCAGGGAGUGUGAGAUACCUUUAUCAAUGAAUGUGUCAACCUUUCUGGCAUACGACCAGCCCACAAUAAGUUACUGUGGGGUGCAUCAUGAACUUCUCUCUCAUAAGUCCUUUGAAACGAAUGCACAGGAAGAUACGAUGGAAUCACACCUAGAGACUGAGCUGGACCUGAGCACAAUCACAACAGCUGGCCAAAUCAGUGACCAUAAACAGCAGCUGACUUAACUGAGCUAAUUGGUAGCCAAGGGUUGCCACCAAACUUUGUAACCUCAAGGACAAAAUGAGGAAGAUUUGUUCAUUGUGGACUCUAAAAGCAAAACACAACAAAAAUCCCCUGUUAAACAAAAAUCCAAGAUUUAUUCAUGAAAUAAAGAAGACAUGAAUUGUUUCAAGUCUACACUUUGUAAUUAGCUAAGUUGUGCAGUAUUUUUUUGACUUAAACAGAGUAUGACCCUGAAAAAAGAAAAAGAAUCUUUUUUUCAAAACUCAUCCUACCUACCUGUAAAAACUGUACAGAGCUAAUGUAUUUUUCAUAUUGUAAAGUUUCAAUUAUAGAAACAACUGGUAUGUACAGUACCAUAAUUUAAUUACAUUUUACUUUACAAACUUUACACAUUUCAGUUUCUAAAAUUUUAAAUUAACAAAAUAUUAUUUCUUGUGUUAUUCAGAGUUACUCAGUUUUGUAGGGACUGUUUUGUUACUGCUUUUGUGCCCAGAAACCUUGACUCUAAAAUUCUGUGCUGUGCGAAACAUGCACGAUUUUUAUCAUGCUUAUUGCGUAGAAUUUUAUCUACUUCUUCCAGAAAUAAUACAUUAACUAAAAAGGAUUUAAUUAUUGAGACUUGUAAGAAGUUCUUCAAUUACAUAGGCAGGUUUUUCUUAUAAAUGAAAAAAAAAAAAUCAAAGAUUUUUUUUUAACACUUCUCAGACUUAACUGUUGCCUUCAAUUACAGCCUAGUUUCUAAGCAGUGAAAUGUAAUGAUAAAGAGGGACAUUUUAACAACAUAUUUUUGAAUGAAUUGACUCAUUAUUUCAUUCUUUUGAGUAACCCAUUGUUAAGGGUAGGGGGAAGCAUGGACAAAACAUCACUGGAAACAAAGGCCGUAACCACAGCAACAGACUUUGAUACACUUAAAAGGUGCAGCUGCCAGUGACAAAGAAAAACUUGUUACAUCUCAUUAUUUUCAGGCCAAGGUGGGAAGGAUAGAGCAUAAUAAUUGUACAGUAGCUGAUUUUCUCCUAAUUAACCUAAAGUGGUUUACCUAAAAAUAACCAUCAGUCAGUGCAAAAUGUGCCUGGUUUUUAAAACAACUUUUCAUUUAGAAUUGUGAGGCUAUAUUUGGGAACAUCUCAAAGGAAGUAUGUGAAAUUUUUCACUUUGUGCGCUACAUCAAUUCUCUUCUGGGGAAGAAAUCAAAACUUUGAGAGCUCAUUCCAUAUAGAUAUCAGCCAUGGUGGAGAACUUUAUAACUCAAAUAAACUGUAAACAUCCUUAAUAUGUUCUAAAUUGUUUAUAUUGCCAUCCAUAAUGAGAUUCACCUCUAAAUUAUCUGGAAAAUAACCCAGAGUAAUUUGAAGCCACCCCAGAUCAUAUAUUGAUUAUGUAAUUGUAUUAUAAAGUAAAUUUAAAUGAAAUUCUGAAAACCAACUUUUCAGAGGAUGAAAUAAUCAACUUGUUUCUGCUGUUUGCUUGACACAGAUUAUUGUUUGAAACUGUUGUUAUUUUAUCUCUGGUAUUCACACAUUCUAUUGUGUGUUUUUAAUAUAAAACUACAAGUUUCAAUUGCUGUUGCACUAGGAGAAACGCUUUUUUUAUGUUGUCAUUUUGUAUUCAUAACAUCAAAAAUAGGCUGAGCAAAUGUCAAUCCAAAAGGGUCAAACACAAUCAAAAAUAAUGAAGAAAAGAAUUUGUCAAAAACAGCAUCAAACUUUCAAUUUAUUUCUUCCAAAGAAAUAAAUCUACAAACUAUCUACAAACGUCUAGUCUUAUGCUGAUUUUUCAUGUCAAAUUGAAGAGCAGCUUAAAGAAGAAUGAACUGAAAAAAUGUACAGCAAAUUUUUGUUGGAAAAUAUACACUCAGAAAAAAAAUUGGAAGAAGCAAACUCUCUUACUAAUUUAAGUGAAACUUAAUGUCUAUCAACUAUUUAGCAAACCAGAUUUUGUAACAUAUUUUGCAUAAAUUGUUUGCUAUUCAAAAUUUUUUGUCAUGUUACAUCUAAUCUUAAUGUUUAUUUUUUUCUGAUUUCUAAUUUCUUUGCAAUAUAUCAUUGUCAGUAUUCUUAAUCCUCUACAUUGAGGUUUUGUUUUGCACAGUUAGCAAAUUUAUAGAGGAUUAAUUAUAAGCCAUUAUUGUGGGCCUGGAAUUGGAUGCAAAAUUUUAUUUAUUAUAUAAACCAAAAUGUCAUUUGCAAUUUUUUUCUUCUUAGAAGUUGUCCUUGCAAAGAUUCAAACAUUUUUAAUUCACAUAAAUAAGCAUUUUAUAUCUAUUUCCAGACAUUUUCAAAUUGAUAUAUAAUUUUUAGAAAUACAAGGUUCCACGGAGCUUCACAAAUAUGUGCUCUUAACAUCCUGAAGCAAACUUUCUUUCCUAAACAUUUUAAAUUCAUCUAAGAUAAAUAUAAGUAGAAGCAGUCAUCUUAGAACCACAGCUCUGUGCAUCUGAAGACUUAAUACAGUACGAACCAAAUAAACUAAAAAUUUUGAAUUUCUCAUAUUUUAAAUUCAACCCAAAGGAUCUUUUACAAGAAAAAAAAGAAGAAGAAUAAGAUUCUGGUUUAUUUGUUUGCGUAAUUUUUAUUCUGCCAUUUCAGGGUCUUGUGGGUUGGUGGAAAAGGAAGUGAAAACCUAUUAGAGGAAACUAUGUCUGGAAUCUUUAUCACACAUUUGCAAUUUAUAUAUUUGUGUCUAAAAUCCUUAAUUAUAACCUAUCUUUUUCAGCAUUCAUGAAUCUCUGAUUUCCUCUUUCUAACCACCCUGCCCCCAGGUCUCCCUGCCUGUCUACUGCUCAUUCAUUUAAAUAACAGGAAUGUUGAUGUGUUUGGAGUUGAAAAGUGCAGUUUGACCCAGCAUGGUUACAGUAUAGCAGUAGCUGCAACAAAUGAUACAUUUGUGCAGCGUUUUGAGGUUUACAAACCACAUUUUACAUAAAUUAUUUCGUUUUGUCUUCAAAACCACCCUAUGAAGACACAUUAAUCUCAGAAAAGUAGUGACUUACCCAAGAACACAAGGCUAAUAAUUGGUGGAACUAAACCAUUCUCCAAGUUCAGAGCCUUUUAGUUUUUCCGCUGUAUUAAAAGCCUCCUCUCCAAUUAGAGCCAGAGAAUUUCCAGAGAUAAUGAACAGAAUGAAAAAAGAAAAAAGUUUGUCAUGUUGUUUAAUCCCAAUUUAACUCAGUUCUUCUAUCUGUAUAGUAUAUGAGCUAAAUGAACUCUUUCUGUGUGCUACUCUGGGCUCUCACAUUAAAACUCUUUGUUCAAAAAGUACAGGAAGUCAUAGAUUUCUUAACAUAUUAUAUCAUUUGUAAAUGUGAAGAUGAGUUGCUUCCAAGAAGUGGAUAUAUGUAGACCCAAGGUACGGACAUAAAAUGAAGAAACACAAGGAAAGAAACCAAAGACCAUCUAAAUUGAGAUUGUGUGGGUUAUAAAACAGAUCCACAGUGCGAGGUUCAACACAUGUUCAACACAUGUUCAACGGAACACAUGCUCAAUUCAGAGCUAAUUGGGAAGACCUUUAUAAUUUUUCUUUUUUUUUUCCCCCUUAUUUUGUCUGAGAGAGAGUACUUCUUAAAUUGUGAUUUUUUUAAAAAUUCUGCAUUCUUAUACUUUUCCUAAUAGAGAAUAACUUUCUCUAUUCCUCCUACAAAAAAUGAAAUGUAAUUUAUCCAAACUGAUGUAUAGAUGCCAAAACAUAUGGUGACAGGCAAACAAAAUUUUAUUGAUCUCAUUUUUAUCAAGUGUCUAUCCCUACUCCCUCUUGAAUGUUCCAGAAAAUCAUAAAUGACACAGAUUUUAAUGUAAGUUACAUUUUUAGGAGGAAAGAAAACUUGUCUACAUUCAACAUUCAAGACAAAUUUCAUAAUCCUAUCUGAAAUCAUAUCAGGCUCCACAAAGUCCUUGGAAAUAGCAAUAUCUCUUUGCAAAAAUAUUUUCUAAAAUAAAACCUCUGUAAAUGGUAGUAAAGACAUAUAUUUCAUUUUGUCUACUUCUGACUAGAAGACAGAUACCAUCUCUCAAACUAAACAUUCAAAAUAAGAAUCUAAAAGCAUGAUGAUGCAAACUAUUAGUAUGCUAAAAGAAAGAAAAUCAGAUGAAUGGGGUAGAUGGCAGCACACGAAGGAAAAAGUGGUGGGACUAAGAGAAAUCUGGCCUCAGGAGAAAGGGUGAGAAAUCUCUAAAGCAGAUACAGUAAUAUCUUAUACUGACAUACCUCUUAAUGGUUUAACCCUGGGUAAUAGUAUAACAACUUCCUAACAUGUAAAAAGUCCCAAGGUCUAGAUGGAUUGGUUAUGCAGUAAGAACACAGAUGCACUGGUCUUUCAGUAGGAGCUUCUAACUAUUGAUAUGACCUUCUCAAUGCACCACAACUGUCCCUAACUAGAGAGAUACUAAGGGCAGGAAAUCCAGGAUCUGUGCUUUCAAAACUCUUGACAUACCCACAAGGGUAGAGUACACUGACAAUCAACAAUCGCGCUUCGUUUUACUAUCAACUCUAAUGGAGAAGAAACACUUAAAAAAAUACCAAAGUAGUGAUGGGUUAUUUUUAAAGUUCUCUUAUGACUUGUAUUAUGAUUUUAUUGUCAGACAGGAGGCUUCUUAUGUUCAACAUUUUCUAAUUCAGAGUAAUAUUUAUGUUUUUAAAAGUCUAUAGCUGAUUAUUUACCUUUCUUUUAAGAACAGUGACCUGAAAGCAACAGAGUGCCUCAGCUGUCUAGGAUUUAGAAAACUCUUGAGUUUCUUCCUGUUCUUUCCUGAACAUUUGUAGAUUUCAUUUUAUAUGUGUUUCUUACUGAAAAGCUAAGUGAAAAUAGGUUUUGUAUAAAUCAAAUAAUAUUUCAAAGGCAUCAAGGGACCUUGUGAUAAGGAUCCUUGAAGUAAAUCCUUUUUUGUUUUCUAAUCUGAAACACUGUCCAUUAAUUUAUAUUUUGUAAGCUGACUGCAGUAUAUCUUGUGUUACAUAAUGCAGCACUCUUGUACUGUAUGGCCUUGAAGGUUCUGUGAUGCAGUCUUUGCCUCAGGCUGUAUAAAAUGAAGGACUGACACUAGGUUUUGAGCAAGUGUAUAGACACUGGAGUGUGAUCAUUUUCAGUCAUUUUCACUUAUUGAGUUUACCUGGAUUCAUGUGAAAAAUAGUACUAAGAUAACAUGGAUGGAUAAAGUUGACAUUUUUUUUUCUAUUUAUUGGUUUAAACUUGUGCUACCUAUCAUAUCUUCUGUUACUAUUAAGAGCAAAUCCCUGGGCACCUGGCUGGCUUAGUCAGUAGAGCAUGACACUCUUGAUCUUGGGGUUGUGAGUUCAAGCCCCACACUGGAUGUAGAGCCUACUUAAGAAAAAAAAAAAAAAAAAGAUCAAAUCCUUUGGGUCUGUACUAAAUUUACUGAAUCAGAAUCUCUGGAGCUAAUAAUCUCUGAUGCAUGCUAAGUUUUGCAAAAUGCUGUCCAAAUGAACUUACUUUCACUAAAUCAUUCAAUUGCUUUUUACUAUAGUCUAAAAUUAUUAAUUCUUGUGCUUUCUUGUGCCAAUGUGAUCCUAGUUUGCUAAGCCUGGCUGAACAUUUUUCCUGACUAGAGGAAUGUGAAACAAAGAACAACUAUACAUAAAAUGAUCAGGUUGUUUCUUGACAUAUUGUGCUGUUUAUAAAUUUUGUUCCCCAUUAGUUUUUUCAACACAAAUAUCUGAAAACAGUCUUAAAUCAGCUGGGUUAUUCACUUAACUAAAACUUAUUAUUUGCUCCCAUGGAUAAUAAUAUAAUAGCUGAAAGCUAGAGGUGGGGAAAGAGAAAAGAAUUGAUUUAUGGUGUAUUAGCACUGUACUGUCUUCAUCUCAUUUUCAAACCAUCUUAGGAAAGAGGUAUGAUGACCAUUUUAAAGAAGAGGAAAAUAAGGAUCAUGGUAGUUUAAUAAUUUGCCAAACCUCAUACAAGAGAGUCAGAUAUUCAAAUCCAGUUCGUCAGACUCUAGGGAUGUGCUCCUAUCACCUUAGAGGCACUGUUUUCAGAAGUGAAAAGAGACCAUAAUCAAUAUAAUUAGGCAUAUAUAUUAUAAUAGUGAAUGUGAAGACAGCAGAGAAAGAAUACACCUUCCUAUUCUUAAACAGAAAAAAUUGCCUAAACUAUUUCACAUUAUGUAGAGAUUUCCUUCAAUAUCCUGUCAGUAACUUAAUAGAAAAAAAUGUUCAUUACUUUCUUGAAAUUUUAUACAUUGUUUCCUAAAAGAAGUAGACGAUUAAAAGAAAAAUCCUUCAAAUGAUACUCCCAAAUACUCAUGUUGUAUUUUCAUUUCCAAUUUCCUAUAUAAUAUAAUCUUCAACUGGCAAAAAAACAAAGGUUGUCCAUUGAAGCAAAACCUCUAUAGUCAAAAAGCAACCACGUGCAAAUGACAAUACAAAGAUCAAUAAUCUAUAGUCAUAUAAUGUUAACUGGCAAUGAUAUAGCUUGGGUUGCAGGAUAUUUCCUAUGAAUAAUUUUAUGUGAGAUUUUUUUAAAGAGAAUUUUUACUUACACAAAUGAUGUGUAUAAUGGGAACACACCACAUAAAGAAGGCAAGAGAUAACUUUAUAAUAACAUAGACCCUGCUUGUUCUAUUACUCAAAAUAUAGUAUACAGUCUAAAUAAAAAAUAAUUUUCUUUGUUAAGACAAUGCAAAUGUUUUCAUCAUUGUGUGCAGGUAACCAAAUAAAUUUUUUAUGUUUACCUUUGAAUUCAGUCUUCAGGUAAAUCUGCCUUGGUCUCACUGUUAAAUGAUUUUUUAGGCAGAUUCUUGAUUCCAUUAGUGUCUCCAGGAGAUUUUUAUUAAACAUUAGACUAAUAGCCUCUUUUCUUUCUCCCUGAACUUGCACAAGACCAAGGUAAUAUAAUUCAGAAACUGGGUUAGCAUUUUCCUCUAUCACACUACCUGAACAUGUGGGAUUCAUAUAAAAUACAUUUGUCUUUGGUUAUCCAUGUGGAUUCAAGAGCCAAUGGAAUAUUCCCUAAACCACAUUUUUACUA